AUGGCUUCAUUGUUGAGGUGGUCGGAUAGUGCGAGACCUGGAAAGGCACCAAAAAGACUGUCUCGCACUUCCGACCAAGUUACAGAAGCAAAGAAAAAAUACGAGGACAAGCGCGUCAGAGAGUUCAAAACCCAUUGGAUGGACGGUCGUCCCUGGCUCAAGUAUGAUAAUGAGAAUUCCGUUAUGUAUUGUACAUACUGUAAGGAGCAGGGAAAGGGAUGGAAAUUCUUAUCUGGGUGUACGAAUUUUAGGAUUGACACCAUCCAAAAUCAUGAAGUCAGUUCCCCUCACAUCAGUGCAACAUCUGUUGCCGAGAGGCCACUUCCUCAGAAUUCACUGGCUGCAAAGGCCAUUAACUCUAUAAAACAAACUGAAUAUGACAGACUUAGCAUUCUCUUUCGUAAUGCCCAUGCUGUUGCUAAACAUCAUCUAAGCUUUAAAACCUAUAAUGUUAUAUGUAAACUGGAUCAAGCUAAAGGUCUUGAUGUUGGCAAUAGCUACCUGAAUGACAAAAAGGCCUGUGAAUUUGUCAAAAAUAUAGCCAGUGUUUCCAGAAAUGAGACCAGAGACCUUUUGAAAAAAACACCAUUUCUGAGCCUCACCUGUGAUGGGUCAUCUGACUUCAUGGGGGAUGAAUAUAAGUCAUUGUGGGUAAGAAGUGCCCAAAAUGGAAAGAUAAUUGAAAAGUUUUUAGAUUUGGGUACUGCUGAAUCUGCAGGAUCUCAGGACAUAUUUAAUUACAUGAAAGCUGUUUGCUUUGAAAAUUCAGAGGACAAUACCAACCAACUGUGGAGUAAACUUAUUGGCUUUUGCUCAGACGGUGCAUCAAACAUGCAAGGUAUAAGAAAUGGUGUGGCUGCUUUGAUGAAAAGAGAAAACCCAGAAAUAGUUGUUACUCAUUGCUUGGCUCACAGAGUUGAGUUAAGCUUUAAGGAUGCUAUUAAGUCAUCUAAAUUGUAUGAUAAAACCAUAACUCUUCUUCUUGGUCUUUACUACUUGUACCGCAGAGGUCCCAAACAGAAGAAAGCCUUAAAACGAGCUUUCAGUGCACUUAACAUGACGAAAAUACUUCCAACCCGUGUAGGAGGAACUCGUUGGAUGCCACACAUGCUUAGAGCAAUAAAUGUUAUUAUCAAAGGUUACAGGGGAUUUAAAGCUCACCUAGAAAGUGCUUCACAUAAAAAUCCAAAAGCUGAAGGACUUGCCAAAAUUCGAACUGAUGUAGCGGUUGUCACAUUCAUGUUAAAUUUAAAGGAAAUCAUAUCACCUUUAAACAGACUAUCCUUGAUUCUGCAGAAACAGAACCUAACAUUGUAUAAUGGACAUGCACAGAUCAAAGCAACUACAGAAGUUCUAAAAAUAUGCAAACCAAAGUAUGGGGACCAUGAGAUUCAUCUUGUAAAGAAAAAUCUCAAGUCCACCUUAAUAAGGUCAGGCAUGGAUAUAGAGGAAGUUAACACAGAGUGGGCCAUUUUGAAAUCUUUAAUAUAUCAAAGGUACAGUAACAGACUUAUAGAUGGUGCCUUGACAUGGGGAUCUGUGUUUGAAACAUUCAGGGAUGGCCUUGACAAUAUAAAGCUUGUUAUAGAUGCUCUGCUCAGUCUACCACCAACAAGUGUCAAUAAAGAAACUACAUUCAGCAGAAUCAAACUCAGCAAAGGCAAGAGGCGGGGUCAUUUGAAGACGGACACAUUGAAGGACUUGAUCCAAGUCGAAAUUGAGACUGAUAAUGUUGAGCAGUUUGACCCAAAGCUGGAUGAUUACCCCUUCAGACAGAAGAAGGAGAGUUGGCUAUUCCAGACCAUCACGAUUAACCGAGACACUCCAAACAAACACAGUCGACCAAGAAACUGUUGUGGUUGGUCAUGAUGAGAUUGAUACACCAGCUGCUGGUCAAGACA